AUAGCCACACACGGUCGAGGAUGGGCAAACACAAUUUGGGCGCUCAGUGCAUAGCUUUCAUGUAACGAGUAGAGUGAACAUCUCCUAAGCCAUGGAGGCCCGGAAGAUGUCCUCAUGGCUAUCGCUGCUACUGGGUGUUGUACUACUCACGGCCGUCUUGCAGGGAGUGCAAGGUGAGGCUGAGUCUGAGGGCCCCUCCGAAUCCGAAUGUCGUCCUUAUAUCGAGAAAGCGCUGAAGGAACUUGAAACUGGAGAAGGCGGAGAAAAGGAUGAUGGGGAUAGUAAGGAGGAUAUCCCAACAGUAGAGAUAACGGACGAUGCCGAUUUACCAAAUAAUGGUAAAGACGACGAUGCCGAUGGAGAAGAUAAUGAUAGCAACGAAAGUGUAGAAAACGAAAAGGUCGACGAUACCGAUAGCGCCGAGAAAGACGGUGACGAAUCCGACAAAUCAGGAGAAGAGGAUAGCGUUGAAGAAGAGGUAAAUAAAAUUGAGAAUACGCAAACUACACAAAGUGCUCAACCGGACGAUAAGCCAGAUGACUCCCAUGAAGACAAAGACGAUUCUGACGAAGCCCAGCCUAACGCUACAGACGAUGAUGAUGAUGACAGCAAAGAAGAUGACGCCGCCGGUAACAAAGAUGACAGCGAAGAAGAGAAAGUAGACAAUGAUGACAGCAAGGAAGACGAUAAGAAUGAUAGCAAAGAAGAUGACGAUAAAAAUGAUAGCAAAGAGGAUCAAAAGGAUGACGACAGCAAAGAAGAUCAAAAGGUCGACGAUGAUAGUAAAGAAGAUCAAAAAGUGGACGAUGAUAGCAAAGAAGACCAAAAGGAUGACGAUAGUAAAGAAGAUAAAAACGACGAUAGCAAAGAAGAAGUCAAAACCACAGCUGGAAGUGCUAAGACCGACGAUGACGAUGACGAUGAUAGCAAAAGAACUCGUGAAAAAAGAGACGAAAGCAAAGAAGAUGACGAUGGUGAAUCCAAUGGCAAAAAUGAUAGCAAGGAAGACGAUGAUAGUGGUGAAAAAGAUGGAAACGGAGAUGAUGACGAUGAUGACAGCGACGAGGAUGGUACUCCAGAAGAAGAAUUGUCCCAAGUGUAUGAAGAACCUGCAGAUGCAAGACCUAGAGAUCAUAUCUACCAACUACUAAAAUUGGACGAAGAAUCCGAGAAAAUUGAAGAAAUAGUCGACAGGGUUUCUGAAAUAACUCUAAGAGAACUUAAAAAAGUUUAUGAAAAUGCUAUAAAGCCUUUGGAAACUUUAUACAAAUACAGGGACCUUAGUAACAGACACUUCGGUGAUCCAGAAAUAUUUUCCAAGCCACUUAUCCUUUUCAUGGGUCCAUGGAGCGGUGGUAAAUCCUCCAUAAUCAACUAUCUUCUCGAUAACGAGUAUGACGAAACAUCGUUAAGGACAGGAGCCGAACCUUCGCCCGCGUAUUUCAAUAUCCUCAUGUACGCAAAUGAGUCCGAAAUUCUUGAUGGUACCCAACUAGCCGCCGAUUACACAUUUUCGGGAUUGCAAAAAUUCGGUCAAGGAUUAGAAGAACGCCUAAAGGGAUACAAAUUGCCCAAACCCUUACUAGAAAAGGUAAACAUCGUUGAAAUUCCUGGUAUUUUAGAAGUUCGAAAACAAGUGUCUCGAGUAUUUCCAUUCAACGACGCUUGCCAGUGGUUCAUAGACAGAGCAGACAUUAUAUUUCUAGUAUACGACCCUUCGAAAUUGGAUGUAGGACCAGAAACGGAAGCUAUUUUGGACCAGUUGAAGGGAAGAGAACAUCAGACAAGGAUAGUGUUAAACAAAGCAGAUCAGGUGAAACCUGAGGAACUAAUGAGAGUGCAAGGGUCGCUAAUAUGGAAUAUAUCCCCCCUUAUGUCGUCAGCUCAACCCCCAAUUAUGUAUACAACUUCUCUUUGGUCAAGACCCUACGAACCUUGGGCACCUGUGAGGCUACUACAAGCACAGGAAAGGGCUUUUCUUAAAGAUCUCCGAUCAGCAGUUGACAAACGAAUUGAAAACAAAAUAGCUAGCGCAAGAAGAUUUGCUGUACGCGUUAGAAACCAUGCUAAAAUGGUAGAUUGUUAUUUAACGACAUAUUACAACCACAAAUCUGUAUUCGGAAAUAAGAAGCAGAUAGCCGAUCAAAUAACCGAACAUCCUCAAGAUUACCAUAUCUACGAAGGCCUUUCGACACUGACAAACAUCUCUCGAUAUGAUUUGCCCGAUCCCGAAGUCUAUCGGGAUUUCUUCAAAUUGAAUCCUCUAUACGAGUUUCAGCCAUUAUCGGCAACAUGCACCUACUUCAGGGGAUGUCCCAUCAAUAGGCUCGAUGUGGCCAUUGCAUACGAUCUCCCGGAACUUGUCGGGAAACACAAGCGCCUCGUGGAAGCAACCCUUGCACAAGCAAACAUUACUGCCCCUGCAAGUUGAACAACGUCCAACUAAUGGGACCAAGUAUGUUUUUCUGCAGUCUGCAAGGAUUCCUUAUUGAACGUGUUCUACCAUUAGAAGGCUCCUUCUAAUAUUUUCCCGGUGCCGUUGUUGGGCUACAUUUGCCAGAAAAGUUAAUUAAUAGUAAAUAAUUAACUGCUAUCUUUUAAGUAAUGUAGAUCGUGAUAUAUGCUCUCUAAGUUUAAUAAACUAAUGCCAAAACAACGGUGGACAAAUAACGAACUUAGUUGCGCUUUAAAAGUAUAUUCUCCUGCAGUUGUGUGUGUUGAUCGCAUUUAAGAAUUCAUUUUAACCGGAGUGUUCAAGUAAAGGCGCCUUUUGUUCCAAAUGAGUGGGUAUUUUAAAACCAGAAGAUGUACAAUUCCUUAUAAAUUAGUGCCGGUGUUGAGUAGGUACCUCUAAGUGAAGAAUAUAUACGUGCGUAUAGUCGGUAGUCGAUUGAUUUGAGUAUAUAUAUAUAUUUUUUUUUUUCACUUAAUUAUAAGUAUUUUACGACAGUCAUUUUUCGCUAUUAAUUUAACUAUUGUAUUUCAAAAGUUAGCUGUAAGUUGCAACAUCCUUCAAGAAUUACAUAUUUGUAUUAUAUAUGUUCUGUUAAUUUGUACAUACGUAUGUCGUUUGUCAACAUUGAACAAUA